UUUCUGAUCUAAUAGGACAGAUUUUUUAUUCACAAACAAAUGAUUGCAAUUCUUAAUGAACUUAUCUUAACCAAGGAAUAUUCAUAUUUCUUUUAGCCUGGUAACUUCUGUAGAUUAAAUGGUGAAAGCUCGAUUUUCAUACAAUUGUAUUACCUUUAAACUAACCGUUACUGUUAGCCUUUUGUUUUAUAUUUACUUUGCAUCUAUUUAACUUUCAUUUUAUUUUAUGUUAACAUUAACCAAAUUGUUUAUUUAUUUUGAUUUAUUUUUUAAUCCGUGAAUAUUUAGUUUCUCAAAAUCAACCGUUUCAACCGUUACAAUUAACAGUGCAUGAAACUACUAGACAUCAAUGUCAACCUUCACCAUGGACAAAAAGGAUUCAGUCCAACAAGCUAAACUGGGUAAAGUAAAAAAACCAGGAAUGUAGUAAAUUUUAACUAAUACAAUCAUCAUUAUCUUCAUAAUCAUCAUGAUCAUCAUCACCAUCAUCACCCACUUAUUCAACUUUAAACAAGUAAACAUGGUGAUAAAGCAAGCAAUAGUAGCAAAUCAAUGUGUAAUUGUCAUCGCUACUUUACGCCCAUGAUUGAUGGUAAAUCAGCUGAAGAGGAAGACCAGUCAACACAUACACACAGUCAAAUUACUGUGUAUAUUUUAUUGGUUAAAAUACAUGUUACUGACAUUGGUAGAUGAAAGUAAAGUCAAAAAAUAUGCUCUACAGUAUGUGUAAAGGGAACAUUUAUCAUGGUAUAUUUGGAAGACCAUUUUGGAUGAUGAGGAGAGAUGAAUGAAAAAACAUAGUCUCUAUUUGUAAGCCGAUGUGGACAGUGGAUCAUCUUUACACCAAUAUAUAUAUAUUUUUUGAAAUAUAUUGUCAAAAAAAAUAUAUUGGAAAGUUGGUUGAGUACUAUUAUCAUUAUUACACUAAACAUUGAUGGCAAAGGAUAAGGUAAAAGAUGUUGACAAGAUUGGCACUUUAGAGGAAUCAAAAAAUGAUAAUAAUGGAGGCAAGACGAGGUGAAAAAACAAAAUGCUUACUCUUCAAAGGAAUCACAAUGGACUGUUCGUGCCUUUACAACUUCACAUUCCCCUGUUUGUCUGGUGUAAAAUGUUUACUCGACUGUUGAUUCCUGUUGAUUACAAGUUUAAAAAUCAUUGUUCCAAUAUAUUUUUAAUCAUUGAAAUGUCGCCUCAUUAUCAAGUUAGAUGACACAAAUAAUUUCAAGCUUCAUCUUUUCCCUUCUUUUUUUAUUUAUUCAAUUCACGGUUUCAUCAGUUGGUCCCCAUCAUUCAGUUAAAUUAUCAAAUCACCCUAAUGGCAAUCAUCAUCAUUAUCACUGUAUUUUCAUCAUCACCAUAAUCAUCAAGUGCAGUUAAAUAUUUGCUCGAGAAUCUUUCAAAGUUAAAAUGAAAUCUCAAAUUGUCAACAUCUAAACAUUUUAAGGUCUAGGAUGAAGCUUUAUGCAUAAAUCUUGAAUUUUACCUUGCAGUUUAACUCCAAUGUUAAUCAAAAAUGGCAACAAUCAACUAAUAAUAAAGUUGAUAUUGAUGGUGAAAGCGCUUGCGUCCAAAAUUUACACAACUAACUGAUCAUUUUCAUCAGCCAAAUGAUGAUGUUCAUCUCACUCUGAACCAUCAUCCGUCUUUUUUUCAUCACAAGUUUGUCCAAGUUUAGUUUGUUAUUGAAACUUGCAAAAAUAAAGCCACUAAAUCACAAUACAAAUCACCUUUUAUACUCAACUUUGCUUACAAUUGGUUUACUUUGUAAAGUUACAUAUGAUUUAAUUGACUGUUGUGUUUCAAUUUGUUAACAACAAUCGGACUAUCAAGUGAAAAGUUUCAAUGAAAUUUGAUUAUCUCUAUCCGAUUAACAAUAGUUACAGUUUUAAUUUGCCUUUAUUUAAACUGAAACCCGAUGUUAACCUAAAAGAGAUAAUUGUAUUUAUUGUGAUGACAUUUUUCCUGGUUGAAUGUCAACCAUCAAACUAUUAUUUACCCAGCAAUCCUAACCAAAACCAUCAACCUGCUUACCAUAGUUUAAAUCCAGAAAGGCCAGAGUUUAUUAAAAGUAUACCUAAUUUAUCAAUUGUUACUGGUAAAGACGCUGUUAUGAGAUGUUCUGUUAAAAAUUUAGGAAACAAUAUUAUUUCUUGGCAUCAUUUAGAAACCAAUUCUGAUCUCACCAUUAAUAAACAAGUUUUAUCUUCCAAUCCUCGGAUUAAAAUUAAACAGGAUAAAAAUGAUUGGCUAUUAAUAAUAAAUAACGUUUCACUGGAGGAUAGAGGCUUUUAUAUUUGUCGUAUCAAUUGGCUUGAACCUAAGUCACAACUUGGUUAUCUAAAUGUUGUCGAGCCUCCAAGAUUUGAUGAAAGCUCAUUUACAAGUGGCAGUGAAACAACGGUUCGAGAAAAUAGUAAUUUAACGUUAACUUGUCGUGCUUCCGGUAAUCCGAGUCCAACAAUUGAAUGGCGUCGUGAAGAUGGUCGGCCAAUAUAUCAAUCAAGUCCAAAAGGAUUGUAUCCGGAGACAGGUGUGCCUUCGGUUAUUGGUGAAGAACUGAGUUUCACCCCAAUAACCAGAUGGAACAUGGGUUCAUAUCUUUGCAUUGCUUCCAAUGGUGUACCUCCUUCAAUAAGCCGUCGAGUGAUAAUCUAUGUCCAAUUUGCUCCAGUAAUUAGGAUACCUUCAGUAAGUGUUACUGGAACCAAAGGUGCAAAUGUAACUCUACAAUGCUCAAGUGAAUCAAGUCCAAUUGCUGAUCACAGUUGGCUUGAUCAAACUGGUAAACUUAUCGGUUCCUCUGGUUUACCCAAUCUGAAAGCUGCCAAUAAACAAAACAACAAAACGUCUGUCGAUGCCAAAACCAGUUUAAAAUACACUAUUCAAUUAAUUAAAACGUACCACUUCAAGAUUACCUAUCAAUUGACCCUCACUGACCUAGACUAUGGAGACACAGGUCGCUACAUUUGCCAUGCGAAAAAUAUUCUUGGAUUUGCAAAGUCAAGCAUUUUCUUGCAAGUUAAGGAUUAUUCAAAAGCAAUUGACAAUUCAAUUUCAACAAAAGACGAUAACAAUUUGGAUUCAGAUUCGGAAGCAAAUAGCGCUGAGAUUGACAAUUCAACCGUACUUCAACCUUCCGAGUUAACCACAAUUGCACCCAAAACCAGUUGGAUUUCAAGUGAUGUCACCUCGACCAGUGAAGUCAAUUCAAAUGAAUCAAUCAAAGAUUCUGGUUCAAUUUUGCUACCAAUCAAAUCAACUCUGAUUACUUUAACAAUCUUAUUGAAUAAUUUAUUGUUCAAAUAAAAGGCUAAACCGCAAUUUCAAUUGUUAAACACUUUGUUUUACCUGAAAAUAACAAAAUUUUAAAACUGUCAAUUAAACUCCAAUGAGAAUCAACUCCAAA